AGAUACCACUUUUUCUUUUAAUUGUUUAGCAAUCUUAUGGCUUGGGGUUAGAAGCUGUUAAGGAGCCUUUUGGUCAUAAACUUGGUGCUCCGGUACCGCUUGUUGUGCAGUAGCAGAGAGAGAAGUGUAUGACUUGGGUGACUGGAGUCUUUGACAAUUUUUUGGGGCCUUCCUCUGACACCGCCUAGUAUAUAGGUCCUGGAUGUCAGGAAGCUUGGCCCCAGUGAUGUAUUGGGCCGUACGCACGACCCUCUGUAGUGCCUUACGGUCAGAGGCCGAGCAGUUGCUAUACCAGGCAGUGAUGCAACCAGUCAUGCAACCAGGACCCAUGCCAAAUCUUUUCAGUCUCCUGGGGGGGAAAGGUGUGGUCGUGCCCUCUUCACGGCUGUCUUGGUGUGUUUGGACCAUGAUAGUUUGUUGGUGAUGUAGACACCAAAGAAUUUAACUCUCGACCCGCUCCACUUCAGCGCCGUUGAUGUUAAUGGGGGCCUGUUCGGCCCUCCUUUUCCUAUAGUCCACGAUCAGCUCCUUUGUCUUGCUAACAUUGAGGGAAAGGUUGUUGUCCUGGCACCACGAGGCCAGAUCUCUGACCUCCCUAUAGUCAGUCUCAUUGUUGUCGGUGAUCAGGCCUACCACUGUUGUGUCGUCAGCAAACUUAAUGAUGGUGUUGGAGUUGUGCUUGGCCACAUAGUCGUGGGUGAACAGGGAGUACAGGAGGGGACUAGGCACGCACCCCUGAGGGGCCCCAGUGUUGAGGAUCAGUGUGGCAGAUGUGUUGUUGCCUACCCUUACCACUUGGGGGCGGCCCAUCAGGAAGUCCAGGAUCCAGUUGCAGAGGGAGGUGUUUAGUCCCAGGGUCCAUAGCUUAGUGAUGAGCUUUGUGGGCACUACGGUGUUGAACGUGGAGCUGUAGUCAAUUAACAGCAUUCUCACACAGGUGUUCCUUUUGUCCAGGUGGGAAAGGGCAGUGUGGAGUGCGAUUUGAGAUUGUGUGAUCUGUUGGGGCAGUAUGCGAAUUGGAGUGGGUUUAGGGUUUCCGGGCAUGGUGGUGUUGUGAGCCAUGACCAUCCUUUCAAAGCACUUCAUGGCUACCGACGUGAAUUCUGCGGGGCAGUAAUCAUUUAGGUAGGUUACCUUUGAAUUCUUGGGCACAGAGACAAUGGUGGUCUGUUUGAAACAUGUAGGUAUUAUAGACUCGGUCAGGGAGAGAUUGAAAAUGUCAGUGAAGACAUUAUGGGCUAAGUGUAGUGUCAGCAAGGCAAAUCAAAGUGCAACACUCGUUUGGAGACUGAUAUUGUUAGGUAAUAUAUUUAUAUUAUUUCACCUUUAUUUAACCAGGUAGGCUAGUUGAGAACAAGCUCUCAUUUAGAACUGCGACCUGGCCAAGACGAAGCAAAGCAGUGUGACACAAACAACACAGUUACAGAUGGAAUAAACAAACAUACAGUCAAUAACACAAUAGAAAAAGUCUAUAUACAGUGUGAGGUAAGGCAAAAGAGGUAAGGCAAUAAAUAGGCCACAGUGGUGAAAUAAUUACAAUAUAGCAAUUAAACUCUGGAGUGAUAGAUGUGCAGAAUAGGUGAAGCUAAAAAAAUAAAGGGUUAUGCAUGCCAAAUAUCCUCUCGGUAGAUGGAGUAAAGCCUACAUGGUCAUUUGUUGUAAGGAAGUGUACACCCCUAUAGCCUAUCCUUAUUGAGAAGCGGAUGUUAGUCUUCCGAUAAAUCAUCCUGCACUGGACCAAAAAGGACUAAAUUUGUCACUGUUUUCACAUCCACUGUAGCCGACACAAUAUAUUUAUGAAGUCAAAAUGAUUCUCACUAAGUUAUUUUUGUGUUUUUAGGCUAAGAAGAAAUCAUUUCAAUAUUUACUCCUUAAUAUAAAUCAAUAUUUGACAGUAUAUCAAUCUAGUUUGUGACAGAACACUACAUGGCCAAGAGUAUGUGGACACUAACAUUUUUUUAUAUUUUUAUAUAUAUAAUGUAUAUUUAUUGUACCUGUGAGAUUAUUUUAUUUAACAUUUAUUUAACUAGGCAAGUCAGUUAACAAAUUCUUAUUUACAAUGAUGGCCUACCCUGGUCCAACCCUAACCCGGACAACACCUGGCCAAUUGUGUGCCGCCCUAUGGGACUCCCAAUCAUGGCUGGUUGUGAUACAGCCCGGAAUCGAGCCAGGGUCUGUAGUGACGCUUCUCGCACUGAGAUGCAGUGCCUUAGACCGCUACGCCACUCGGGACCCUUAUAGCAUCUAUUUUUUUAAUAGAAAAUAUGAAUGUAGCAAUGAUCUUGUCAUUGAAUGCUUUGGAAUUCAAUGAGUCUAAAUUAAUUUGUGACAUUAGAUAUGUGCUUUAUUUUAAAAAGGUGCAACUGUAAUUUAAAAACUAUAAAGUGAAACACCGCGGGCAUAAAAUAAUCGUAUGUCUAGUGACGUCGUCCUUUUCCCGCUGUCAUUCCCGUAUGUGCCUCCACGAUGAGGGCAGGCAGGCGGGAGUAGCGUUCCAACAAAAGUAUCGACCAAGACAGUCGCUCGGAUUUUAACUUUAUUUUGCACAAAUAACCAGAAGAAUGGAGUCGGAGUUAUGGAAUUAAAGCUACGAGCAAUUGCAAUGGACGUUUUUCUCGUGGAAUUACUGUUUUAUAGUAGCUUGCUCUCUCUAGUUAAUGGAUCCCCCUUGCUGCUGUUUGCCAACCGGCGGGAUGUGAGGCUGGUGGAUGUGGAGAUGGGAAGGCCAGAGUCAGCAGUGGUGGUCAGUGAUCUGGAGGAUGCUGCUGCUGUGGACUUCCUCUACUCUGAAGGACUCAUCUUCUGGACCGAUGUCAGCGAGGAGGCCAUCAAGCAAACCUACUACAAUCAGUCCACCGGCUCUCUGAAAGAGGCCUCGGGGACAAGGCAAACGGUUGUUGUGUCGGGUCUCGACUCCCCUGACGGACUAGCUUGUGAUUGGCUGGGCCGUAAACUAUACUGGACCGACUCGGAGACCAAUCGCAUUGAGGUAGCCAACCUGGAUGGCACCUCUCGCAAGGUGCUAUUCUGGUUGGACCUGGACCAGCCCAGGGCCAUCGCCCUGAACCCAGCCCACCGCUAUAUGUACUGGACAGACUGGGGGGAGGAGCCUCGCAUCGAGAGGGCAGGGAUGGAUGGAAGCAACAGGAAGAUCAUCGUGGAGGUGGACAUCUAUUGGCCCAAUGGCCUCACCAUUGACCUGGACGAACAGAAACUGUACUGGGCAGACGCCAAGCUGAGCUUCAUACACAGAGCCAACCUGGACGGCUCCUCACGGGAGACUGUGGUGGAGGGCACCCUCACCCACCCGUUUGCCCUCACCCUGUCAGACGAGACUCUCUACUGGACAGACUGGCAGACCCGCUCCAUCCACGCCUGCAACAAACACACUGGAGACAAGAGGAGGGAGAUACUCAGUGGAAUCUACUCCCCCAUGGACAUCCAAGUGCUGGGUUCAGAUAGACAGCCAGACAUCCAUACCCCAUGCAGCGACAGCAAUGGAGGUUGCUCCCACUUGUGCCUGCUGUCGCCCAUGCAACCCUUUUACAGCUGUGCAUGCCCCACUGGAGUCAAGCUCAAGGAGGAUGGGAAGACCUGUCGCCCAGGUGCGGAGCAGGUUCUACUGCUGGCCAGGCGGACUGACCUGAGGAGGAUUUCUCUGGACCUCCCAGAUUUCACCGACAUCGUUCUGCAGGUGGACGACAUCCGCCAUGCCAUCGCCAUCGACUAUGACCCUGUGGAUGGAUAUGUGUACUGGACAGACGACGAGGUUAAAGCCAUCCGCCGCUCCCGCAUUGACGGCACCGAGGCCCAGACCCUGGUCACCACGGAGAUCAACCACCCAGAUGGCAUUGCGGUGGAUUGGGUGGCCCGGAACCUUUACUGGACGGAUACGGGUACUGACCGUAUUGAGGUUACAAGGCUGAACGGAACCUCGCGUCGCAUUCUGAUCUCAGAGAACCUGGAUGAACCAAGGGCCAUUGUGCUGGACCCUGUCAAUGGUUACAUGUACUGGACAGACUGGGGGGAGAAGCCUAAGAUAGAGCGUGCUAACCUGGAUGGAAUGGAACGUCUCGUGCUGCUCAAUACCUCGCUGGGUUGGCCCAACGGUUUAGCCAUCGACUAUGAAGCAGGAAAACUGUACUGGGGCGAUGCCAAGACGGACAAAAUUGAAGUGAUUGACGUGGACGGCUCCAACAGGAUGACCCUGCUGGAGGACAAGCUACCCCACAUCUUUGGCUUCACGCUGCUGGGCGACUACAUCUACUGGACAGACUGGCAGAGGAGGAGCAUCGAGAGGGUCCACAAGACCAACGCCAUCCGAGAGAUCAUCAUUGACCAGCUACCUGAUCUCAUGGGACUCAAGGCCACCAGAGUCACUGAGGUCUCCGGCACAAACGGCUGUGUGGAGGAUAAUGGCGGCUGCAGCCACCUGUGUUUCCACCGGCCCCAGGGCCUGCGCUGUGACUGUCCCAUGGGCCUGGAGCUCCUCAGUGACAUGAGGAUGUGCGUGGUGCCCGAGGCUUUCCUGCUCUUCACCAACCGGGCUGACAUCCGCUCUAUCUCCCUCGGGACCAACUCUAACGACGUUGCCAUCCCUCUCACUGGGGUCAAGGAGGCCUCCGCCCUCGACUUUGACGUCUCCGAGAACAGGAUCUACUGGACUGACGUCAGCACCAAGACCAUCAGCAGGGCCUUCAUGAACGGCAGCUCUGUGGAGCAUGUGAUCGAGUUUGGGCUGGACUACCCAGAAGGCAUGGCAGUAGACUGGAUGGGCAGGAACGUGUACUGGGCCGACACAGGGACCAACCGCAUCGAGGUGGCCCGGCUGGAUGGACAAUACCGACAGGUCCUGGUGUGUAAGGACCUGGACAACCCUCGCUCCCUGGCCCUUAACCCUGCCAAUGGCUACAUGUAUUGGACAGAGUGGGGAGGCAAGCCCAGGAUCGCCAGGGCCCACAUGGACGGCAGCAACAUAAUGACCCUAGUGGACAAAGUGGGCAGAGCCAACGGCCUCACCAUCGACUACAUCGACCAGAGACUCUACUGGACCGACCUGGACACCUGUAUGAUAGAGUCAACCAACAUGCAAGGUCUGCAGAGGGAGAUAGUGGCUGACGACCUCCCUCAUCCGUUCGGUCUGACCCAGUACCGGGACUACAUCUACUGGACAGACUGGAACCUGCGCAGCAUCGAGCGGGCCGACAAGCGCUCUGGGCUGAACCGCACCAUGGUGCAGGGACACCUGGAGUACGUCAUGGACAUCUUGGUCUUCCACUCCUCUCGCCAGGACGGUGCCAAUGACUGCUCCCAGAACAACGGCAACUGUGCCCACCUGUGCCUGGCGUCGCCCGCCGGCUCCCAGUGCCGCUGUGCGUCCCACUACAUCCUGGACUCAAACAGCAGGAACUGCAGCUCCCCCUCUAGCUUCCUCCUGUUCAGCCAGAAGGCCUCAAUCAGCCGCAUGGUUCUGGGUGAGCAGAGCCCCGACAUCAUCCUUCCCAUCCACGUCCUCCGCAACGUCCGGGCCAUCAGCUACGACCCCCUAGACCACCUGGUCUACUGGGUGGACGGGCGGCAGAACAUCAGGAGGGCCCGCGACGAUGGCACACAAUCGUCAGUGGUGGUGUCCACCACUUCCACCCACCUGCAGCAGCCUGACAAACAGCCCCACGACCUGAGCCUGGACACCUACAGCCGUACUGUCUACUGGACUUGUGAGGCCACCAAUACCAUCAACCUCCAGCGCCUGGACGGAGACGCCGUGGGCGUGGUGCUGCGAGAUGAACAUGACAAACCCAGAGCCAUUGUAGUCAACGCAGAAAAAGGGUAUAUGUAUUUCACGACCAUGCAGGAUCGCUCUGCUAAGAUCGAGGGAGCGUCUCUGGAUGGGACGGAGAGGGAGUCUUUGUUCACCACGGGCCUGAUCCGGCCUGUAGCCCUGGCCCUGGACAACAAGCUGGGGAAACUCUUCUGGGUGGACGCUGACUUGAAACGCAUUGAGAGCAGUGACCUCACUGGAGCCAAUCGAAUCGUCCUCCAGGAUUCUAACAUCCUGCAGCCCAUGGGUCUGACAGUGCUGGGGGAGCAUCUGUACUGGAUCGACAGACAGCAGCAGAUGAUCGAGAGGGUGGACAAGCUGAUUGGGGAGAAGAGGACCCGUAUCCAGGGCCGCAUUGCCUACCUCACCAGCAUUCACGCUGUGGAAGACAUGGACCCUACAGAGUUUGCUUCUCAUCCCUGUUCCCGUGACAACGGAGGCUGCUCACACAUCUGCAUCGCCAAAGGAGACGGGACACCUCGCUGCUCCUGUCCCAUGCACCUGGUCCUGCUGCCCAACCUACUCAUCUGUGGAGACCCACCCACCUGUUCCACAGAGCAGUUCACCUGUGCCACGGGCGACAUUGACUGCAUCCCCAUGGCAUGGCGCUGUGACGGCGUCGCUGAGUGUGAUGACAACAGUGACGAGGAGAACUGCCCCGUGUGCUCGGCAAUCCAGUUCCAGUGUGACAAGGGCCAGUGUGUGGAUGCUCAGCUACGCUGCAACGGAGAGCCAGACUGCGCAGACAACUCCGAUGAACAGGACUGUGACACCAUAUGCCUGCCCAACCAGUUCCGCUGCAACAACAAGCAGUGCAUCCUGAAGAAACAGCAGUGUGACUCCUACAAUGACUGUGCUGACAACUCUGACGAGCUCUUCUGUGAAUUCCUCACUCCCCCGUCAAGUGACGUUCAAUCACCAUCUCACACCAGCACCAUCGGCCCAGUCAUUGGCAUCAUCCUGUCAGUGUUUGUGAUGGGAGGGAUGUACUUUGUGUGCCAGCGGGUGGUGUGCCGCCGUUACAAAGGUCCCAACGGAGCCUUCCCCCAUGAUUACAUCAGUGGCACCUCACACGUACCCCUCAACUUCAUCGCCCCCAGCAGCUCACAGCACGGAACCUUCUCAGGUAUCUCGUGUGGGAAGUCUAUGAUGAGUUCUGUCAGUCUGAUGGGGAGCAGCUGUAGUGGGGCACCACUCUAUGACAGGAACCAUGUGACAGGGGCCUCCUCAAGCAGCUCCUCCAGCACUAAGGGAGCCUUUUAUCCACAGAUGCUCAACCCACCUCCCUCUCCAGCCACGGAUCGCUCCCUGUAUAAUGCAGAGAUCUUCUACUCCUCUAACAGUCCCUCCACCACCAGGUCUUACAGGCCUUAUCUAAUGCGCGGUGUGGCACCCCCCACCACCCCAUGCAGCACUGACGUCUGUGACAGCGACUACACCACAAGUCGUUGGAAGAGCAACAAGUACUACAUGGACCUAAACUCAGACUCUGACCCCUACCCUCCUCCCCCCACUCCCCGGAGCCAGUACCUAUCAGCAGAGGAGAGCUGCCCCCCUUCUCCAUCCACAGAGCGCAGUUACUUUCACCUCUGUCCCCCACCCCCAUCACCAUGCACUGACUCUUCAUGACACCCAGAGAAAUAGCCAUGUCUGUAAAUAAUUUUAAAUAUAAACAAAUGAGAAUUAUAUUUUAUUCAUUUCCACUGAUUGCCAUGGGUUAAAGUGGGGAUGGAAUAGGGCCAGAUCAAGUGUGAAGUUGUUGUACAGUGAAUUGUAUCACUUGUCUUUAUUUUUCAUGUUUCCCACCCUCGUUUCAGAUGGAGUAUCCUCCUAAUUAGAAGACUUUCAAUUUGACUAUUCUAUUGGCCUUUGACAAUUCUUAGUUUUCAGCAAAGUACUUUAGAACUUCCUUCAAACGUACCAAUUUACAGUGAAAUUUGAACAAGUCACCAAUAUUGGUUUGAGAAAAUAUUCCAUUCAAAUGUUACACUGGUGAUGUGGCCAGCCACAUUACCAUUAAAAAUACCAAAAUAAUUUUAAAAAAUUGUACAUAAAUGUUUCACAACAGCCAUGAAAUGCUCUUAUUAAUUGAAAUGGUCCUGAGCAUGUCUUUGUUUGAGUCUACCGAAAAUGUGUUUGCUGCUACUGUACAUAUAUACUUUACUCUGAAUUAUGAGAACAGCCAACAAAACAAUUACAAUUUGACAAUAGAUCAUUAAGCUGUUUUAACUGUUUCAAUUAGUAACAUUAUUAUUUUUUUGUGUAGAAUUGUGUAGAACAGUAUGUAUACAUGUUAAUUGUUUUGAAGGAGUGCUUAUGGAAUAACUCAUAAGACCAGUUUCAUCGUUGAUGCAUUUAUCAACCAGAAAUGACAAGGUUUUGCACAACCUUUUAACUCUUAUGAAUCUCUUAUGCAAUGUCCAUGUGACAUACUAGACUGACUAUUCCCAUUUAUUGAAACAAUAAUACUGUUUUUAUUUCAGCUUUUGUCAAUGAGACAAAUGUCUGUAGUUUAGUAAAAGCUAUUCCAUCUUUUCUAAACUAUGUUUGUAGAUUCAAUUGUAGUGAAACCCUCACUAUCGUCACAAACCUUUCAACUUAACUAUAGAUUGAAUUUCAUCAGUGGUGAAUAUCAUGCACCUGUAAAAUCAUGGCUCCAUUAUAUUGUCUUACUUUGAAGAUUGGCAACAUUGUCAAACUGAGCACUUCCUUAAAUGAACUAUCCAACCAGUUAAGAAAUGUGAACAGUGAAUGUAAAAUUACAUAGAGGGAAAUGUAUAUUGAAUUCAUACCUCUUGUGCUUGUUUUCUGAGCUUUUUCUCUGCCAUUUGUAUAUUUUUGUAUAGGCAAUUAACCAUGGUGCUGACAAGUGAAAUUAAAUCAUAUGAUCAAGUGUCAGGCUUCCAUCUGUAUGUUGAACACCUCUGGCUUCUAGCAGAGGUUGUACAGGUUCCUCAGACCUCCACAACACAACCUGCUGUCCUGCCCAUUUCAAGCCAUGUCCUUACUGGAUAGGGACAACUCCAGCUGUACUUCAUUGUGCCAGCAUGUAGAUGCUCCCCAAACAAACCUGUGUUUUGUGUUUAAAUGCCUUGUGUAAUUUACACUUGUGACAAUUUUUGUAUCAAAAGCAUUUUUAUAUAAUAAAGGUUCUAUUUUAAGGAA